AUGAAGAUAGAUGAUGUUGAAAUAAUAGAUUCUGCAAUAGAUGAUAUAGAAGAAGAUACUAUUAGAAGGAUGCUUAGGCAAAUAUAUUUAAUGGGUAAUGUUCAUGCGAAAGAUCGAAUGACGGCUAAAGAUAUACAUGAUAGAUUGAAAGAAUUUGCAGAUAAUAGUGAAUUAGAACAGGAUGAAGUACCAAAAAUCUCAACAAUUCAAGAAUAG